UCUCAUUGGUCAAGAUCCAAGACGGUAUACCUGAAAACACGAAGUGAGUCUCGGGAUUAGUCUUAAAAGGCCGGGGUUUACGUGUAAUAUCCCGUGAAACGCUUGUUGUGCGUUAAUGUUAGCUUGAACAGACAGUGAUGAAGAGAAGGCCAAUCCAGAACCGCUGGGCUGACAUCCUCCACAAGAGUUUCGUGGCAGGUUGCGUUGGCCUGACCCUCUAUGGGAUGCUGAUUGUGGGCACGCGUUCCUAUUACUACUUCACUCAGAUUAAGCCCAAGCGCCUGGAGGAACAGCGUAUUCGUGAAGAGCAGGAGAAUGUUGAAAUGGAGGACACAGCUCCUACUCUCAAGCUUUAAGAAAACUAUAUCAAAGGUUAUAGUAUAUUAAAGAGACUAAAACUAUCACAAUGAGAUCCAUGCGGCCCAUUACACAAAUUGUCUCCCGCCUCUCGGGAAUGGGUGGACUGAGCAGUCGUCUUAUAAGCCACAGUGCAGUAAUUUACCAAAGCCCACAAACCAAAGUUCCUGCUGCACUGUGGAAGUUGGGAAACCUAAACCAUGUGGCUAUUGCUACGCCAGACCUGGAAAAGAGUACAGCACUCUAUAGGGAUGUCUUAGGAGCAGAGGUUAGUGAGGUGGAAGCUCUGCCAGAACAUGGUGUAUACACUGUGUUUGUUAAGCUAGAUAACACAAAACUGGAAUUACUGCAUCCACUUGGAGAAAAUAGCCCUAUUCAAAACUUCUUGGACAAGAACAAGAAUGGAGGAAUGCACCACAUCUGCAUUGAGGUGAAUGACAUCAAAUCUGCCAUGGCUGACCUACAAGCACAGAAAAUUCGCUGUCUCAGCAAGGAGCCCAAGAUUGGAGCCCAUGGGAAGCCUGUAGUUUUCCUGCACCCCAAGGAUUGUGCAGGAGUGCUCGUAGAACUCGAAGAAGCUUAGCUCAAAGGAAUUGAUACUAAAGGGACCUUGGCACAUAUUCUGUUGUUGUGUAAAGCAGUAGGGUAGAGUAUUUUAUACCUUCCUGACUAACAUGUAUUUAGUUACUUGUAAGUAAUUUCUUAUUUAAUUAGGAUUUCCCUGCAGCAUCUAGAUAUUUUUGUUAGUCAUAAAAUGCUUUGGUGUAAAUAAAUAUCUUCAUUGUA